GCACAAGCAGCCAUUUUACCAGAAAUUAGACAGUUGAAGAGCUCGCAGGCUGAGUCCCCGGAGCCCAUCGCGGCCGGGAUGCUGAUUUGCCGUCUGUGGAUCAGGGUGGUGCUGCAUGCCAUGCUGACAGCUUCUGGGAGGAGGUGCUGCUACUGACACAUCCCUGGGGGAGAGGGAUCCCGUCCACCUCUCAACAUGGCGAAACCAGGAGGCAGCCCCGCAGAAAAGCAGCGGCUCCCUGUGAUGGUGCUGUCGGUGCUUUCCGUCCGGCGUCCGUAGCGUUUAUGAUGCUGGAAGAUGGACAAGUUUUCGGCGAGCAUUUCCGAGAUCUGCUGGAGCUCGGUGUCCUUGCCUCUAGAUGUGGUGGUCGGCAAAUUCAGGCUGCCGACCCUGGUACGACUGAGCCAAGGGGAUCAUGUGGAGGGCCUGAGCGAGCAGGACGUGCUGCUGCUUCACUCUUGCAGGCAGUGGACCACGGUGACGGCUCACAGCCUGGAGGAGGGUCACUACGUCAUCGGGCCCAAGAUCGACAUCCCUCUGCAGUAUCCAGGGAAAUUCAAGCUGCUGGACCAGGACCGUGAUGUGCGGGAGCCGGUGCAGUACUUCGCCAGCGUGGAGGAGAUUGCCGGAAUAUUCCCCGACAGAGUGUUUGUAAUGGAGGCCAUCACCUUCAGUGUGAAGGUCGUGUCUGGAGAAUUCAGCGAAGACAGCGAGGCCUACAACUUCACACUGCAGGCGGGCGACGAGCUCACGCUCAUGGGCCAGGCGGAGAUCCUGUGCGCCAAGACGGUGCGUGAAAAGUCACGCUUCAAUGCCAUCCUACGCAAGCUGGGCAAGAGCAACACGUUCACCAAGCAGGUGAAGGGCAAGAUGCUGUGCCUGAUCUGCAUGAACCACCGCACCAACGAGAGCAUCAGCCUGCCCUUCCAGUGCAAGGGCAAGUUCAGCACACGCAGCCCGCUGGAGCUGCAGAUGCAGGAGGGCGAGCACACCAUCCGCAGCAUCAUCGAGAAGGUCCGCCUGCCUGCCAAUGUCACCGUGCCCAGCCGGCCCCCCCGCAACCCCUACGACAUUCACGUCAUCCGCGAGGGCAACCGCUACAAGUUGGUGAGCAUCAUCUCCAAAACGGUGGUCCUCUGUUGCAUCCUGCGCAAAGAGGAAGUGAUCCCUUUCCACUUCCUGCUGCUUACGGACAUGCCGCGCUUUAUCUUGCCAGAGGGGCUCCUCAGGGGCGACCCCAUUUUCGAGAAGGUCACUUUGGAGAGCGCCUUAAUCUGCCAGGAGAAAUUCAACCCGGAUGACUACUCAAAAGCGGUGAGGGAGGCUAAGACCGACUUUACAGAGGAGUGCACCAGUCCGCGGCGAAUCCGUGUGUGCCUCCAAGGGUACACCUCCCCAGGCUACGGGCGUGACGACAUCACACAGUCGCUGCAGCGCCUCUCGCUGUGCGUCUAUGGCGGCGGCUCCUCACUGAUCAGUGCCAAUGGCGACGGGCAUUCCCAGAGCUGCAGAGACUCACUGGGGGAGCAGCAGAUCUUGCCACACGAACUCCUCACGCCCAGCGAGGGCGGCGACACCGAUCGCGAGUACAUGACGCCCGAUUGGCCUGACGGUGAAUUCCGGAACCCUGAGCAGCUGGAAAUUCCGUAUGAAGAGCUAUGGAUGAAUCAGAACCCAGCGGCUCACGGCGACACCUGCGGAAAUCCCGCCAUGUCGGACCCCACGGGGAAGGCGGAGCACAACUUGAUUUCCUUCCACUCCUCUUCUUCCUCCUUGGAGAGUGCCAUGGGGCCAUCCCACGUCAGCGUGGUGCAGAUCGAGACGAGCACCGUCCCGACUCCACCUCCCGUGCCUCCUAAGUCGGAAGCUGUGAAGGAGGAAUGCCGCUUCCUCAACGCACCCCCGGUCCCGCCACGGGCUGCCAAGGGAGGCCCUGCCCCCAGCCCACCGGUCCCGCCACGGUUCCCCAAGUGCCAGCUGCCUCCGGCCUCCGGCACCCCCAGCCCUGGCCUCUCCUACUACUCAUCGGGGCUACAGGACGUCUCCGGGCCUCGCAGUGGCAGCUGCUCGCCAUCCCCGGAUUCCUACUCCCUCUACUGUUACCCCUGCACAUGGGGAGACUGUAAGGCAACCGACUCGGCCAGCCGCCCACUCACCGGCGGUGGGGGCAGCCCCGGGGUGCAGCCUGCCCAGGCUUCCUGGUCAGACCCCUGGGCCUUGUCAGACAGCACGCCCAGUGUGGCCAGCGGUCGCUCCACGCCGCUCCUGAGCACAGACUCCACACACAAGAGCUACUAUAGCUGCCCCAGACUGAAGCCCCCGCAUUCCCAAAAGCGCUUCGCCCCCUUUGGGGCCUUGAACCCUUUUGCCAACCCCGGCUACGCACGGAGCCCAUCCUCGUCCUCGUCCCCAGCAGAGUGGCUGGACAGCAGGGACCGGCCGCGCCCCCCCUCCCUGUCCUCAGACACCUUUGAGUCCUGCGUGAGCCGCAUAUCGCCCGACAUCGCCGCCCCCAAGGCUGGGCGCGACACGACAGGCAGCCAGAAUGAGCAGAGCCUGAAAGGCAGCGAAGGCAGUCAGGGGACUGGGCCAACCCCCCCUCCCCGGCCAGCCAAAGGCUUUGAGGCUGAAAACAUCAUCAUCAGGAGCGUGGCCCCGCUCUCCCCCACCGUCGUCAGGGGGGCCGAGGGCGGGAUCACCAGGGUUUACCUCACACAGGGCGUCAUUGAGGUCCCCCCCACGUCCACCAAGUGCAGCCCCGAGAGCUCCUCCUCAGCCUCCUCCGGGGAUGCCCCCGGGUCGACCCGGACUGGCGGGGAGGAGUCUAUGUGGCACCCCCCCUCGGACCUCUCCAUGCUCUCUGUAGAGGAAGUCUCUAAGUGCCUGCGCUUCAUCGGCCUGUCCGAGGACGUGGUGGCCUUCUUCGUGAGGGAACGCAUCGACGGCAGCAUCUUCGUGCAGCUGACGGAGGAGAUACUGUCCGACGACUUCAAGCUGACCAAGCUGCAGGUCAAGAAGAUCAUGCAGUUCAUCAAAGGCUGGAGACCCAAGAUCUAAACGCAGCUUGACUGCGGCUGUGCUUGUGAGGACCGUGGUUCAGACCUGUGCAGGGCGGGGGGCGGAGCCCCAUGACAGCAGAAAUGUCACUAACACAGGCCUAGCAGCCUUCCGCUACUGCUCUUCCUGCCCCAUGGCCGUUUUAGAGGUCACCCUCAUUCUGGGUUCACUUAGAACCUGACGGGUGUCUGCGCAGGGAAUUAAACCACCGGUAAGCGAUAUGGUCGUGUGUCCCCAAAGGACAGUGUCUGCUCACCGAGUCGAUGUUGUGUGUCUGAGCUUUAUGAAUGAUUUUAUGAAUCAUCUGAUGAAUCAUUUCAUGUGCCUUGUGGUUUAAAAUCAUUAUUUGUGGAAAAAGCUUCCGUGUGAAUUGAUUUCGAGUAACUUCCGUCUUUUUUUAAUGUGAAUUAUAUGUCCGGCUGAAGCCAGGACUUGCUGGACUUGGAGUGGAGUCUAAAAGUCUGUAAAACACAAUGUUAAAUGCAGAAGCUUAAUGUUCAUUUCUUCCAUUUAUUUAAAUACAAGCCCAACCUGGAAUGACUUUUGGACCUUUGACUGAAGAGGGUUAUGCAGUCGGGUGAGGGUGGUUCUCACAGCUGAAAGGGAAACACUCCUGAAACGCCCUUCAGCACAAACGGUUGUUUACGUUAAGUUUGGCGUCCUCCAGGUGCUGGGGUCCACACUGCCCACCAACCCGCAUCUCUGCUGCCCUUCCAGCUGAAGCCAAGUGGACAAACUCUGACAAAUCACAACAAAGUUGUACCCUGGGUCUCAUUGCUAGGCGACUGCUUGGACGGAUCCCAGAACCCCUGGCAUUUGCCAGAACCACUUCCAGAACAGCGUGGUUCCUCUCUCAACACAAGUAGAAACCACUAGUUCUCCAACCACUUUUUUUUUAUAUAUAUAUAUAUAUAUAUAUAUAUAAAAUAAACUUCUUACAGCCGAACUCUUAAAAAGGGAAGCAAGUAUCUUUUGUACGACCAUGAGAACAUGCCUGUAAUUAAGUACACUGUAUUAAAGGACUGUAAUUUGAGUUUACUAAUCACUGCUGUCUGUGUAUAGUGUUUGUCAGAUGGCUGUAAAUUACAGUUUAAUUACUGGGUUUUAACAUCUUUGUGCCCAAAACUUUGUAUGUAUAUUUAUGGAUCGACUUUAUUUCCCUUCUGUAGAGCAUUAUAUUAUUAAAUAAUAUUUAACAAACGUAGCAUUAUUUCAAUUGUACUGAAAUUUUAUUUUCUGUAUGCUUUAAUCCUUAUGGAUUAGAAGAAAAUAAAUAGCAUA